AUGGAUAUAAGACAAGUGGAAGAUGUGAUUCGGGGAGUGUUGAAGGGCGCCAAGCAUGUCGUUUCGUAUCCCGGUUCAAGCCAGUACGGUGGAUUGGGCGCAUCCUCCUGUGGAUUAGCUUGUCUCAACUUCGCCAGAAUCGGUUUUGCCAAGGAAGACAGUUUGUUCGGAGAAGAGCUCCUCAAGGCAAUCCUCGACAAGGCCACAGCGCUCGACAUCACAGCAAUCUGUGCGGCAUGGUCGAGCACAUCGCAUCUGGAGGUCGAAGAUAUCUCCCAGAUACCUUUGUUCGAAAAAAGUUUGAAGUUAGUUUCCACCAAGUACUUUCGCCCCGGCGUCAAACAGUUCGCAUCUCUACUGAAAGAUAUGAAGGCUAUCUCAGUGUCCUGCGUCGCUGUGAUAACACGCCCUCCCGAGAUUAUCGCCUGUUUGAAGCUUUCAGUUGGCCCUCAAACGGUAUUCAUUGUCUAUGACUCCCACUGCAGACCUAGUCACCCUGAGGGUGCAGGGUUCACCUUGAGCUCAUCAAUUCGUGACACAGCAGUGAUUCUCAGCGACAUCCUUCCAGUGGACAGUCAUCUGUUAUCGCACGGCGACUUGCAGUGGCAGGCGCAGUUACUUGCAAAUUGCUCUGGCCACAUUUUUGUGUCGAGGGGGUUGCUCUCGACCUCCGCUGAUCUCACGCAAACAGUAAUUGAAACAAGCUUAACACUACUGGCUCUGCGUGCGGAGGUCAACGAUCUCAAAUCUCAGCAGUCUGAACUAGCGGCCGAGAACAAACGGCUAUUGACGGAGAUGGAGAUUAUGGCAGAUGAACAUGUGAAGGAACGACAGAGGUUGUCGUCUUCUAACUGGAGUUAUCGUGACGGAUAUGGACGUUCACCCUCCUCUUGGGCCGAUCAAGCGACUGCCUGGCCUCCAUCAUCUACCUCAGGUGGCGGUGAUCCUUCUCACAGCGCCUGGACCUCUCCUUCCCAUCCUCACUCCCAGAGAGGUGCUACCCAGUAUGGCUUGGGUGGAGACCCCAACCGUCAUACCGUCGCGCGCCAGAUGGAAUGCCGUUCGACAGGCCUAGACUGCACUGACGCGGAAACUGCCGCUGAACAACAGCGUCGAUUCGAUGAAGAGGAUUACUUGUUGCGACUUCAGCUCUCUGAACUGGCGAAGAUUGCUCCACGCAGCUUCAAAUGUGGUGUGUGCUUUGACGAACAACCUGAAGAUUCGGUAUGUCGAUUAGAUCCGUGUGGUCACAGUUUUUGCCGGGAGUGCAUCCGUAGCUACGUCAGUGCCAAGAUUAAUGAACAUCGUUAUCCCGUCUUUUGUCCAAUUUGCAUGGUAGAGAGAGAUAACGGCAACCCUUGCGUCGUCACACAGACUCUUCUCCAGCAAAUCGGUAUCACGGAAGCUCAAUAUGAGACAUGGGUAGAAAUGGAGAUGUCUCGGUUUGGCGUGUUUUUACAUUGCCGCAAAUGUCAAGGAUCAGCAUUUGUGGAUAAGCAAGACCUCGAGGACACCAAGACGUUGGCGUGUCCGUUGCCGAAUUGUAACUACAUAUGGUGUAAAGCCUGCCAACAGUCAAUCACCAUCGGUGGUCCCCAACACUCUUGCGACGGGUCCUCGGAGUUGGACGAUCUGAUGAAGAGGAGAGGUUGGAAGUAUUGCCCAGGCUGCAAAACACCAAUCCAGAAGGUGGCCGGUUGCAACCAUAUGACUUGCAUGUCUCCGGGAUGCAACACUCACUUCUGCUACCUAUGCGGAGGAUGCAUCAUCCAGUCUGCCUUGAGGAGGGAUGUUCAAGCUGCCAUUACUACCCAUUAUCAGCAGUGCCGGUUAUUCGAGCACGUUCCUGAUCGCGAUGUGCCACCAUGA